AUGAGGCUUUCCAUCGACCAGCAUUUACACGCUAACCGGAAGAUGAAGCUCAUCAUCACAUUCACACUCAAUGCUGCUGUCGCGCUGGCCGUCGUUGUCCUGCAACGGCGUGACGAGCUGGGGCAACAGCAUCCUCUGGUCGACAGCUUUCAUCGUUCCCCAUACACCGCAACAACAGACGGUCUAGUUCGCCAGUGCAUCGCACCAGGCGUAGUCUGCAUUGACAAACACGGAGCCAACCUUCCCUAUCCCUUCUGGCGAGAUUCUCCGAACGGCACCUACGCCACGAACCUGGCAGACAUUGAAUUCAAAGGCGGCAGAGGCCAAGCCAAAUCGACCACCUGGGAGCAGGUAGAACAAGCGGACUUUGUCGUCUUCGACGAGGAACGUGGCCGAAAACUGCUCGGCGAGAACCCCAGCGUGGACUUCGUCUUUUCCGUCAAUCGGUGGGCGCUGCAUGAGGCACCGACGUUCGUGCCCGGUCUCCGCAAGAUCUUCUUCUCGGAGCUGUCGCCCAUGCUAGAGCAGUUCGUUAUUGAUCUAAAUGUCGACCCGCCGACCCUGUCUGAAUUCCAGGCGGAUCCCCCCAUCUAUGUGCCCAACGGCGGGUUCUACCACAACGGCCUGAUCUACUACUCCGUCGCCGGCAGCAGCGAGAAACACAAACAGCGGCCCGGUAUCGUCACCCUCGAUCCUUGGACGAAUAAGUCCUCCACGCUGCUGAACAACUACUACGGUCUCACCUUCACCGACUGCGACGAUGUCAUUGUCGACCCCGUUACCGGUUUUGUCUGGUUCACUGUUCCCUAUUACUCCUGGUGGCUGGAGGUGGCCGAUACCCCGCCGCAGCUCAAGUCGGCCACCUAUCGCUUCGAUCCGGCCACGGGAUCCACGGCCGUGGUCAAUGACGAGAUGCGCUCGCCGAACGGCAUCGCCAUGAGUCCUGACCGAAGACAUAUCUACAUCACCGACACCGAGGCUGCGGGUCAAUCGGCGCCGAUCUCCAUCGAUCUGCCCAGUCCCGGCGUGGCCGGCCUGCUGUUCAACACAACCGGCAAGCGCACCAUCUACAAGUUCGACCUCAUCGAUCAUGGACACGCCAUUGUCAACAAGCGUCCUAUCCACUACGACGCCAUCGGCACAGUGCCGGACGGUCUCAAGGUAGCCUGGAAUGGAUGGGUGGUGACAGCGAGCGGGAAUGGAUUAAGUGUCAUGGACGAGUAUGGGGAUAUGAUUGCGCGUGUGCAGAUCAAUUUCACUGUCAAUAACUUUGUCUGGUCGGAUGCGGAUGACUAUCGUGAGGUAUGGAUGGUUGGGCAGGGAGGUGUCGGACGUGUGAGAUGGGAUUUACAGGGCCAAAAAGCCGUUUGA